UGACCUGGAGGCAGGUUUCAGAACAACCUCGCUAACACUUGCUUCAGAUUGUAGCUCGAGAUGCGGAGCUUUGUGGUGUUUUGUUUAUUUGCAACUCUUUUUGUUUUUGUUAAGGGUUUGUUUCCUCCACCAUGUGACAGUGAAAUCUACUGUUCAGGGCCCAUCCUGCAUCAGGUUCAAACAGCUAAACUGUUUGAUGAUGACAAAUACUUUGUUGACAUGAAGCUGAGGUCAGCUCCUGAUGCCGUUUUGUUGGCAUUUCACAACCUUUCAAACGAGUGGCCAAAUGCGACCGUCCCGCCUGCGAAGCUGCAGGAGUUCCUCAGUACACACUUUGAGAAACCAGGGACGGAGUUUGAGCCAUGGACUCCCCCAGACUGGCAGAGCAUGCCAAAAUUCCUGAGCCGCAUAGCAGAUGCAGAAUUGCGAAAAUGGGGACAAGAGAUACAUAACCUGUGGAAGUCUCUGGGCAGAAAGAUUCACACCAGUGUCAAAGAUCACCCAGAGCUGUACUCGCAGAUCUACACCCCCCAUCCCGUCAUCGUGCCAGGGGGCCGCUUCAGGGAACUCUACUAUUGGGACUCCUACUGGGUCAUCAACGGGCUCCUUCUGUCAGAGAUGACAGACACGGCCUAUGGGAUGAUUCUUAACUUUCUCUACCUCGUCAACAGAUAUGGCUUCGUUCCAAACGGUGGGCGGAUUUACUAUGAAAGGCGCAGUCAGCCUCCAUUCCUCACUCUAAUGGUGGAGAGCUACUAUCAAGCAACCAAGGAUAAAGAGUUCCUCAGAGCAGCUUUACCAGUCCUGGAGAAGGAGUAUGAGUUCUGGAUGCAGAACCGCUCUGUCACCGUGAAGGUAAACGGAGAAGAACAUGUGCUGAACCGGUUUCAUGUGCAGGUGGAUUUACCCAGGCCUGAAUCCUAUGCAGAUGAUCUGGAAUUAGCGGAAGGACUCACUGAUGAGGAAAAACAGCAGCUGUGGAUGGAUCUGAAAGCAGGUGCAGAGUCUGGGUGGGACUUCACCUCCCGCUGGUACAUAGAUGGCGACGGACACAACAACGGCACUCUCAGAGAGACCCGCACCAGCCAAAUCCUCCCCGCUGACCUCAACGCUCUGCUGUGCCGCAGCGAGAAAACGCUUGCUUCCUUUCACUCUGUGCUGGGUGCUGGUGACUCAGCUGCUCUGUACAACCAAGCUGCAGCCCGCAGAAUGAAGGCGAUGGAGUCAGUCCUGUGGGAUGCUGAGAGAGGAGCGUGGUUCGACUACAGCCUGGUGACGCACUCCAAACACUUUGACUUCUUCCCCUCCAACCUGGCGCCUGUUUGGGCACAGUGCUAUUCUCAGCCUGAGAUGGGAGAGAAGGCAGUGAAGUACCUGAAGGGGAGUGGUGCUCUUCAGUUCCCCAAUGGAGUCCCAACGUCACUGAGGGAGUCUGGGCAGCAGUGGGAUUAUCCUAACGCAUGGCCUCCUCUGCAGCACAUGCUCAUAGAAGGUUUGUCCAACUUGCCUUCAGAAGACGCAAAAGAGCUAGCUUUUGAAUUGGCCCAGCGUUGGAUCAAGACAAUUUGGCUGGCCUAUAUUAAGUAUGAAUCCAUGUUUGAAAAAUACGAUGUGAAUGGAGAUGGUAAACCUGGCGGUGGAGGAGAAUAUGAAGUUCAGCUGGGUUUUGGUUGGACAAAUGGUGUGGCCCUGCAGCUCCUAGAUCAGUAUGGGGCGACGCUCACCUCGGGAGGCAGACGUGUGUGCACUGACCUCCUGCUGCCUCUGCUCGUCUCAGUCGCUCUCAUGCUCCAGUAAAUCCAAGGUGUCAGAGUGAUUCCUGCUUUCACUCCACUACAUCAGCCCGGUCCACUGAUGAGCUACACAAAGAAAAUAACAACACUACCAAAGAGACUAAAGCGUGCACAUCUUCUAAAAUCCUGAGUGAUGGGAAUAACUUUAAUUAGUAGCUGUAAGAGAAUAUGAUUCAUCAUGGUUGAGGAUUUCUUGGAAUACUUUUGUAAUUCUCCUUGGCUGUAAAUGAUCUUUGGCUUUAUGAGAGGUUGCAGAUGAUUCGGGCACUUUCAGUCUGUGGGUUGUUCCCCGCUUUGAUCACAACAUUAACUUUUUCCACAUAUUGAACUGAGAGUUCAGUUAUUCACCUUACUCAUUAUACAGUUUAUUGCUGUGCUGUAACUUGACUCCUACGCAGACCUUCUGUCUGCACACAUAAUGAAAUUGGAAUGCUAAUUACUUUAUACCAUUAAUUAUGUAUAAAACAUAGUUAUAUUAAAUAUUUAGAUGUCAAUCAAAUGUUAGAUGAGGAUGUCAUGUCAGAGUAAAAAUGCAUGAAGUGACAUUUGCUUCUGUUUUAAAUUAGUGCAGGUACAUGCACAGAUUUUGGUGCAAAACAUGACAACAGAGCAAUACAUGCUAAACUUCAUGCAUGCAUUGUUUUCAGUUAAUUCAUUGUGGUUUUAAUCCAGCUGUGGGGUUGCAGACUAAUUAAUGAACAUUAACUGAUUGGUUAAUCAAGGGAAAUGACUUAAUAGUCAGAAAACUGUUUCUUUAAAAGAGAAGUCAUUGACUGGUAACUGUAAAACAUUGCAGGUUAAGUAGAGAAAGUUCAACCCUUUACCACUACAUGUGCAACUACAGUUGCUGAAUAAACUUAGCACAAAGAGGGAGGGCAAUUAAUUUUGGUUGAUUAUUUCUCCGCUUUAAUAACACCGAUUAGUUUGUUGGAAAACCUGAUUCAGUCUGACUUAAAGGAGUUAUUUGGACAUGCAGAUAAAAUUGCAACAAGCAUGGAGUAGUUCAUGGUUCUGCAUCGUUCACCAAUAAAGAGCAAUUUUUACCACCUGUCCCACCAAUAAACAGUUUAGAGCUGCAACAAACUAUUUUACUCUUAAAAGUUAAUGGAAAUAGAUGUGUUUAGCAUUUUAUUGGUGUUCAUGUGUCAUGACAAAAGAAACCUGGGCCAAACCUGCACACCUGUCUGUCACUCGUCAUUAUUGAGUCUUCUGGAGGUCUAUCAGUUUGCUGAGUCAUGUUGUAUGUUGUCAUUUUCCCUUCAGUCUUUGCAGCAAAAGACAUAUCUCCAAUCUUCUGAUCUACUUCAUGUUUGCUUUUUAGUCCAAGUCCAUGAAUAGGUCUUAUGAGAUAUUAUGAUAUUAAUUAUUUUCUGUAGUCUCUGUUUGUGGUUUGUUUUUGCUCAUCUCCAGCUUUCUACUGUUCAGUAAAUACUGCCUUCCAAUGA